AUGAAAUACAUUAUUUUGAUCGCUCUCUUCGGCUGUUGUCUGGCCAUGCGCCAACAAUCGGUUGCCAUCACUGGAAAGCUGAUGUGUGGAUCCCACCCGGCCUCUGGAGUUAGGGUGAAACUGUGGGAAGAGGACGACGGCCCGGAUCCUGACGACCUCCUCGACGAAGGCUACACAAAUAACCAAGGUCUCUUCACUCUCAAGGGGACCGAGCGAGAACUGACCACCAUUGACCCAGUCUUCAAGGUAUACCAUGAUUGUGAUGACGGAAUUAAGCCUGGCAAACGAAAGGUGAAGUUCCGCAUCCCUAAAUCCUACAUUACCAAUGGACCUGUUGCCAGACGUACGUUCGACAUCGGAGUACUGAACCUGGAAACCAUUUUCGCUAAGGAAGAGCGUGAUCUACUGUAA